AUGAGUUCCAUGUUCAAGAAGAAGGGAGGGCCUGCCUUCAAACCGAAGUUCCCUCCCCGUCGCCCCGCGGGACCGGCACUUUCACAACCUAAGCCAGCACCUCCUCCGCCGCCGCAAGUUCCUGUUGCUGAACCCGAGCCUCAGUCUGAGCCUCAAGGAGCUUCCGACAAACCCCUCACCGAAAAGUCCACUGUCGAACCCGUCGAGGCGCAAUCCCAGGACUCUCAUCAGGCACCCCGCCAAAAGUCUCCGACCCCGCCAGCGACGAUCCCAGAUCCUCCAGAACCAAGCCAGAAUGUCGCAACUCAAGAACCCCCCUUGGCGCCAGCGUCGCAAGAGAUCCCUCACGAGCCCGAUACUCAGAUUGGCGAAACUCGAAUAGAAGAGGCCCCUAUAGCCGCAACGACCGAGACAACAUCACAAUCAAGCGCUCCAGUGCCUGUUCCCACGAGCAUACCAGAACCAACCCAAGCGCCUGUCGCGGAGAGCGCAACCCCACAGACAGAUGCGGCCCAAACAGAAGAUGCGGAUAAUGCGCCUUCUGCUGUUCUGCAGGCACCAACUCCAGAUGACUCAGAGGGCCCGAGCGGAACGGAACCUUCCACAACACCAUCCGCUGACGCAACUGAAUCGACUUCGACGCCAUCGACCGAGGCCCAGAACCCCCCCAAGCCGGCUCGAAAACCGCGAGCGAGGAAGCAGGCUACUCAAGCAACCCAAGAUGGGACGGGCGCGGAUGGAGAGACUGCGCGACCCAAGAAGCGCCAGCGAAAGCCAGCUGAGGAAGGCGCAGCACCAAAAGAACCAAGGAAGCGCAGAGCGCCCGCUCAGAAUGGAACGGCCGCGCCCAGGAACCGACGAGCACGCUCAAUCACACCAGAAGAUUCCGAGAGCCAGGUGGUGGACCUGCAGAAGCUCAAGAUGUCAGAUCUGACCAGGGAUCUGCACAUUGGUAAAAAGUUUAGUCGACAUGAUGAGCUGCGAGAGCGGGAGCGACGUGCUAGGUUGAAGUCGAAACUUGGGACCGAAGGUUCACGCGACAGUUCAGCAACCCCUGAGGCCAGUGGACAGGGUGAGAAGACGGGCAGCCCGGUAACUCAGUCAGGGGAUGCGUCGCCAGCCUCCUCGGGCCCAGCACCGCCCUCUGGUCCGCAGUUCCGCAUUGUGGACGGACAGAUUGUGGUCGACCAGAGCUCUCUGACGGUGGAUCGACACGCCCGAGCAGCGGCCGCACGGGGAGACAUGGAGAUUGUUGAGGAAAACGACUUUACACGGCUCAUCACCAGUAACUCGUUCAUGAACACGUCCAAGCUCAGGGGCCCCAACAUCUGGACCGACGCGGAGACGGAACUCUUCUACCGGGGGCUGCGCAUGUUCGGCACCGACUUUGAGAUGAUCUCCAAGAUGUUUCCCGGCAAGCAGCGGCGGCACGUCAAGCUCAAGUAUAACCGCGAGGAGCGGCACUGCCCGCGCCGCAUCGAUGCCGCCCUCGUGGGGGAGAAGACUGUCAAGAUGGACCUCGACGAAUACAAGGCCUUUACCGGCAGCGAGUUCGAGCCCGUCGAGAACAUCGAGGCCGAGCAGCGCAAGAUACAGGAGGAGUACGAGGCUGAGCAGAAGCGCAUUGCUGACGAGCAGGCCGAGAUUAUGCGCAAGAAGCGCGAGGAGCUCUUCAAGGACGACGACGAGGGGGAUGCCAAGAAGCGCAAGAAGAAGAAGAGGCAGACGAUUGUCUACGGGCUUAACGGGGAGCCCAUUACCCAGGAUGACUGA